AUGUUCAUCGCGCGAUCGGAAUAUGACCGUGGAAUUAACACCUUCUCCCCCGAAGGACGUUUAUUCCAGGUCGAAUACUCUCUUGAAGCUAUCAAACUAGGUUCGACAGCGAUCGACUAUCUGGCAGCCGUACACUACACAACCGGAGCCCAACACACCAUUCUGACUUCAUAUCAGGUCGCAACCAACGAAGGUGUCAUCCUGGGCGUUGAGAAGCGUGUCACAUCUACUCUCCUUGAAGCCUCUUCCGUCGAAAAGAUUGUCGAGAUUGAUCAGCACAUCGGCUGUGCUAUGUCCGGUCUGCAGGCAGAUGCCCGGAACCUCGUUGAGCAUGCCCGCGUUGAGUGCCAAAACCAUGCCUUCCACUAUGCCGAACCACUGCGAGUUGAGAGCUGCACCCAGGCUAUUUGCGAUUUGGCCUUGAGAUUCGGAGAGACUGGAGACGACGAGGAAAGCGUCAUGAGUAGGCCUUUUGGUGUUGCUUUGUUAAUUGCGGGUUUCGAUGAGGAUGGCCCUCAACUAUAUCAUGCCGAGCCAUCCGGUACAUUCUACCGAUACGACGCGAAGGCCAUCGGAUCCGGAAGCGAGGGUGCGCAAGCGGAACUGCAAAACGAAUAUCACCGCUCCCUCACUCUAGAAGAAGCGGAGACACUGGUCCUCAAGACGCUGAAGCAGGUCAUGGAGGAGAAGUUGGACGCAAAGAACGUUCAGCUUGCCAGUGUGACCAAGGAGAAGGGUUUCCGUAUCUACAAUGAUGAGGAGAUGGGACGGGCUGUUGCGACCUUGGGUGGUAAUCAAUAA